AUGAGGAACUUCUGUGCUUUCAAUGCAUUUCUAUCCAUUCUGGAACCUCGAAAUCAUCCGAAAGAUUUGGAAGAUGCUGACUGGAUUGUAGCCAUGCAAGAGGAACUAAACGAGUUUGAAAGAAACAAAGUCUGGCAUCUUGAAGCCAAGCCCAAGGAAAAGAAGAUAAUUGGUCUUAAAUGGGUAUUCAGAAAUAAGCUAGAUGAAUAUGGAACAAUCGUGAGGAACAAAGCUCAUUUAGUUGUAAAAGGCUACAACCAACAGGAAGAUGAUAUUAUCUUUGGUGCAACUAACGAUGUCUUAUGCAAGUACUUCACUGAUCUCAUGAGUGGUGAAUUUGAAAUGAGCAUGAUGGGAGAAUUAAACUUCUUCCUUGGUCUACAAAACAAGCAGACAGAGAAAGGAAUCUCAAUUCAUCAACAAAAGUAUAUCAAGGAACUACUGAAAAAGUACAACCUUGAUCAAGAAAAAACAAAUCACACACCUAUGGGAACAGGCACAGGACUAGAUGAUGAUCCAACAAGAACUAGUGUCGAUCAAAAGAUUACUUAG